AUGCCCGCAAACCUAUAUUUCCUUCCUGGCUUUUCGCGGACAGGUCAGAAGGCUCUUCAAGUUUAUUUGGAGCUUUUAUCCAUGGCACAGUUCCUCCUCUCCGUCGUACUUUUCAUCCCGAUCUACUUUGAAAGUUUCUUGCAGCUGGAGCCUGUUCCUGUAUCUAUAGACAUGCUGCCACUAUGUACCAUUAUCUCAUUAAGUGCUCUAGUAACCGCCUUCGGAGACUGGUACUCAAAUCGCUACUCUGGCCCAUAUGGGCUGGUUGGUUCCUUACCAACAGCAGGUACCGGCCUCUUAACACUAUUCAACCGCAAAGCCAGUAGGUCCAGGCGGCCGGGUCUCCAAACCAGUGAGGCCAUGGGUCUAGGAAUAAUAUUCCCUACUUUGAUCAUCUCGCUUCAGAUGCGAUCCGAUGGGGCGGUCAGUGGCGUUGCGCUUUGUUCGGGGAUGUUUUCGAACACAUUUUCGGCUGAAGUUGCAGAAAGAGAACCGCUUCCUAGAGGGCUUUCCCUAUCUAGUGAUGGAAAUUCAGCGCUGGCUCUUAUCCCAUUGCUCAAGAAACUGGAUAUUUCUGUGCAUGAUACUUGA